UGUGUGAAAGUUGUUAAUUUGCAUAAAAUCCAUGAAGGAAAUGAUUUAAACAUAGAAACGGAUCAGAACCGCAUUAGAACCUAGUUCCUUCAUGGUCCUGGUUUUGUUCACAGCGGCCCAGAGAAGAAGAAGGAGGUGGUCAGCCAUCGCUCUCACAUGGAGGAGAUCCAGGAGCACCAGGAGGUGUCCCCCACAAAGGACCCCUCCCCUGUUCCACCCCACCCCUCCCACAGAGCUUCCCCCCACUCUGAGGGCAGCAGAGGCCACGCCCCUCCUAAAAGGGGUCCCAGCGUGAAGCGGUCUUCAGGGAUGGAACGUUCUCAGAGCAGCACCUGGGAUUCCUCAGACAGGAACAAGAACAAGCUUGUGAAGGCUGCGUCCACCUCCAAGCUGCUGGCUAAAGCUGUGAAGAACGCUGACAAACACAAAGAUCCGGUCGUCAGCCAAGAGGGAAACGCCAUCAAGAUGUUCAUGCGUGGUAGACCAAUCACCAUGUUCAUCCCUUCAGACGUGGAGAACUACGACGACGUUCGGACCGAACUUCCUCCAGAACGGCUCAAGCUGGAAUGGGUGUACGGUUACCGUGGCAGGGACUGCCGGGCCAAUGUCUACUUGCUUCCAACUGGAGAGAUUGUUUACUUCAUUGCGUCUGUGGCGGUUCUCUUCAACUACGAGGAGCGCACUCAGAGACAUUACCUGGGACACACGGACUGCAUCAAAUGUCUGGCCAUCCAUCCAGAUAAGAUCAGAAUCGCGACCGGACAGAUCGCUGGAGUGGACAAAGACGGACGUGCGCUGCAGCCUCACGUCCGGGUCUGGGACAGCGUCAGCCUGUCCACCUUGCAGGUCAUUGGUCUGGGAACCUUUGAAAGGGGUGUCGGGUCUCUGGCCUUCUCCAAAGCUGACUCUGGUCAGCACUUGGGUGUUAUCGACGACUGCAACGACCACAUGUUGACCGUCUGGGAAUGGCAGAAGAAGUCAAAGAUAGCAGAAAUCAAGACUACCACUGAUGUGGUUCUGGCCGUGGAGUUCCACCCCACCGACCCGGCCACCAUCGUCACUUGUGGAAAGUUCCACAUCUUCUUCUGGAGCUGGAACGGGACCUCGCUGCUCCGGAAGCAGGGGCUGUUUGGGAACCACGACAGGCCCAAGUUCAUCCAAUGUCUGACGUUCCGGACCAACGGAGAUAUCCUGACCGGAGACUCUGCUGGACAGCUGCUGGUUUGGACCAGAACCCUUGCCGAGGCACCUCCUGGGAAGGGACCGCAAGCGUUCCACAUGAGGACAGACCUCGGGCCCCUGGAGGCCCAUGAGAAAGGCGUGUUCUGCAUGUGUGAGCUGAGGAGCGGCUGUCUGCUGACCGGAGGAGCCAAGGACCGCAGAGUCGUCUUGUGGGACCACCAGCUGCACCUGGACCGCGACUUGGAGGUCCCGGAUCAGUACGGACACAUCAGAGCGCUGGCAGAGGGGAAGGGGGAUGAGUUCCUGGUCGGGACGUCCCGUAACUUCAUCCUGAGAGGAACCUUCAACGAUGGCUUCCAGGUGGAGGUCCAGGGUCAUACCGAUGAGCUGUGGGGUCUGGCCACCCAUCCAUCCAGGGAACUGUUCCUGACCUGCGCUCAGGACCAGCUGGUCUGCCUCUGGAACUCGGUGGAUCACAGCCUACAGUGGAGCCGCAGCCUAGAGGAACAUGGACACUGUGCGGAGUUCCACCCCAGUGGAUCAGUGGUGGUCAUUGGAACACACUCUGGGAAGUGGUUUGUUCUGGAUGCUGAGACCUCCGAUCUAGUUGGGAUCCACACAGACGGGAACGAGCAGCUGUCAGUCCUGCGUUUCUCAGUUGAUGGCAGCAUGCUGGCUGUGGGAUCUCAUGAUAACUUUAUUUACCUCUACAACGUCUCGGAUCGAGGACGGAAGUACAGCCGCUAUGGGAAGUGCACGGGACAUUCCAGCUACAUUACACAUCUGGACUGGUCUCCUGACAACAAGUUCAUCAUGUCCAACUCUGGAGACUACGAGAUCCUGUACUGGGACAUCCCAAGCGGCUGCCAGCUGAUCCGGAACCGCUCCGAGUGUAAGGACAUCGACUGGGCCACCUACACGUGUGUCCUGGGUUACCACGUCUUUGGUGUUUGGCCCGAAGGUUCUGACGGCACCGACAUCAACGCCCUGAUGAGGUCCCACAACAGGAAGGUGAUCGCUCUGGCGGAUGACUUCUGUAAGGUCCACCUGUUCGCCUACCCCUGCUCCAGAUUCAAGGCUCCCAGCCAUAAGUACAGCGCCCACAGCAGCCAUGUGACCAACGUCAGCUUCCUGUACAGCGAUAGCCACCUGAUCUCCACGGGGGGGAAGGACACCAGCAUCAUGCAGUGGCGUCUGGUCAGGAAGUCCUCCCUGUCCCUCUCAGACGGCAUCAUCUCUAAGUCCGCCCCCCGCAGGGUUGACCCAGUGUUGGCCACGCCUCCUACGGUGGCCACCUCUCCUACAGUGGCCACACCUCCUCUGCCAGAAGCCGCUCCGGUCCAGGAACCGUCUAAUCAUGUCUCCCCGCUGGCUGAAGUAGCUCCGCCCACCUCAGAGUCCACCCCGCCCCCCUCAGACAGCACGAUGAGCCUGAAGGACAGCCUGGAGACGAGCGACGACACGGCCACGCCCAGCGACGAGGGCCUGCCCCCCCUCACCCCAUCCUCCUAGAGAGGCUGCUUCUCCUCCUCCAGGUGCUGCUUCCUCUGGACUCUGGGUGGAGGAGACGACCUCAGAACGCCCGCUAAGACUCAGAACCACCACAGGAAGUGUGGAUCUCUGGUCCAUCUGAACCCACAGCUUCCAGGUCAGUAACUAUCCACGUGGCGUCAGCGGCGAGCCGCCAGGAGCUGCUCUCCUCCGAUCACAGCCGCUCCGUGUUCCAGCGCUGUCUGCAGGGGGCGGGGCCUCCCACACCUGCCCCUCUCAGUGUUGAAAGCUGGAGGCGGCAUAGGAACUGUCCUGCUCCUGUCUGCCACAGGGGGCAGCAGCGAGCUUUCUUCACUUUUUGUAGAACAAACUGGGGCCGUUUUCCUGCGACCUGAGGGCUUCAUCCUGGGUUUCUGGAGACGUUGGAGGUUUCAGUUUGAGGGGAAACCUUGACAUUUAGUUUGAAAUCGGCUAAAAGCAAAUGCUUUAUGCUCAAACUCUUCAGUCAGAGUAAGACAGGUGUUCAAAAUCUGUGAACUAAAAAGUGAAUAUCUGUUCACGAUCAAACCGUCACUGAAGGAAGCAAACUGCUGCAGGCUUUUAUUCUGAAAUCAGAACACAUUCAGGUUUCACUCGAACUUAAAUUAUUCAUGAAUAAAACAAAAAUCUAAAUGUUUCAAGUCCAUUUAAACCGAUUUAGAUUCCGGUUGUUAAUUUUCAGGAGCUCCACACUGUUGCUAACAGGAAACCAACAGGAUGCAAACAGGAAGUGUUUCUUGGGCAAAGUUGACCUUCAGGUUGAAAAACUGUGACAUGUCGAUACAGAGAACCAAUCAGAAUGAAGCCUCCCUCUUGCACCAAUUGAUGAUAGUAAGCCCUCCUGUUAGCAAAGGAUCUGUGUUUGUAUAUCCUGCAGACUUUUGUGUAUAUUUCUGCUCACCACUAGAGGGCAGCACCUCCACAGUCACUUUAAUGAACAUCUCUCAUCCAACUGGGUGACAGGAGAGGGAGGCUCUUUGUUCUGAUUGGUUGCUCUCAGUGACUCUGCUAGUGAUGUUUUUGUUUGUUCUGGACCAUUUUCGCUUCAGGCUGUUGAAUGUGCUGAUGAUGUCAUUCUGGGUGGGGGCGGGACUUUGAUCUUGCUUUUUUUUCUUACUGAUUUUUGUAUUUUGUAUGUCUCUGAAGGGCUUCUGUGGAAGAUGUUCAGGUUGGGGCGGGGCCAUGUGAGGGGGCGGGGCUUUUUGUUUUAAACGACAUUGAUCCUCAUUAAUGAUUAUUUUUAUGUGAAUGUUUUGAGCCAAUCAUCUUCUCUCAUGCAUUCCUGUCAGAGGACAGAUUGUACUGAAGAUUUUAACAGCAAAAUGCAAAUAAACGUUACCAUGGUGACAGCCCAGCCAAUCAGCUUCA